CAAAAACGGAUAUAAAAUUUUCAAAUCGUUUAGAAUUUGGCAUUUUAUCUGUAAAUAGAGCGUAUAUUUAUCAAAGGCCUAUAUAAAAGUGGAAUAAAAGUGAUUUUCUGCAACAUGAUUCAGCACCGGUGCAUCGUAACGAGAUGUAUGAACGUUGUACCUGGUCCGGUACCGUUUUUCAAAUGCCCUGGAUACGAGAGUAAAGUGUUUAAAAAAUGGACAGUUUUUUUUCAUCUUGGCGGGAUGCGAAAGGAAAAAAUUUGUAAAAACCACUUCAACGAAAACGAUUUUAUGAAAAAUAUUCGCAUGAAAUUAAAAUAUCAUGCAGUACCAACACAAAACUUGCCAGGUUCUGAUCCGUAUGUGGACAAAAGUGGAAGAAAAUGUUGUGUUAAUGAAUGCCGUGCUAGAAAAACAGCCAUACUGUUUCAAUUUCCGAUUGAUAAAAAUAACUCGAUGUUACAAAUGUGGAAAAAGUCGCUCCACAUGAAAGAGCAAGAUAGUACUACGUUGCUAAGAAUUUGCGAAUAUCAUUUCAAAAGCAGCGACUUUAUAACAGUUACUUCGUUUUAUCUGAAGCCAAAUGCUGUACCGAGAAUAAACAUACGCAGACAAAUUCGUUUUCCUCGACGACGGGUUAAAGACACGACUGAACUUUCAUCUACUUUGCGUGAUCAUAACUACUGCGAACGGUGGUUCCAGUCGAACGGUAACCGCAUGUGUUCUGUCUACGGAUGCAAUUCACGUGCAGGAAAUAAUGUCAGUCUUCAUAAAUUCCCACUGAAAACAGACGAAAGAUAUUCUAUCUGGAUGCGUAACUUGAAGCAUGGAAAAAACCAACAAUCUAUUCAAAGGUUUGCAGUAAGCAUUUUGAGGAUGCUGAUUUCAUGCCAGGUGGUAAGAGACUCAAGAACACGGCUGUGCCCAAACGAAAUUUACCGCGAAUUUUAGAGCUACGAAGAGACAACACAUAUGGUAAACCUCGCUUCCAUGUUCCAAAAAAACAGUUGCCACUUGAGAAACAUUCAGCAAGUAACUCGGAAAUCGACCCAGAUGAAAGUGUAGUCUCAGCCGACUCGAAGUUAGAUGAUUUGUCCUGUCUACUUAAUAGAACAACGAUAUCAGAAUCAUCUGAUUAUGACCAUACGUUAAAGAAGGAACGUGAUCCAGUUCAAGAAGAGAAAAAUACGGUUAUAGG